UCCGGAUCCUGGUUCUUUCCCUCACUGCGCAAUGGGGGGCAACUGUGGCAAGGAGCAAGGUCCAUAUCAGCCGCAAACCUACCCCGGUGUCCCCGGACGCUACGGACACGUACCGUAUCACCCCGGCUUUGCACCUCCAGGCUCCUAUGCAGCUGGUCUUCCACACGCUGGGCCGGUUUAUGCAGACUAUCCGACCGGUGGCUACGACCCAAGUUUGGCCUAUGGUGCCUGCCAUAGCAGCCGUCCCAGCGUUCCCAGUGUUCCCAGUGCUCCGCCGCUGGUGGAAGGCUGGCCCGUGGGCGGCACUUCGGGCGGCACCUCUUCCACAGCACGGCCACCCACAGGCAGCUCUUCUGCUUGCCGCUAUGGUGUGGAAUGCACGGACUUUGGUGAAGAGCAUCGGAAGAGGUUUACACAUCCUGAAGGUAUCUUGAUGGCCUGCCAAUAUGGUGCCGGCUGUUACCGGAAAAAUCUGGAGCAUUUGAAGCAAUUUGUGCAUCCGGGAGACCGCCAUUAUCACAUGGGAAUGGUGCAUCUUCCCACCCGCAAGGGCGUCCGCGUGAAGCCGCAGUUUCCAACCUUGCGAGAUCUGUUCAACUACUGUGAUCCAGAUGAGUCUGGCAACAUCUCCAUGGAAGAGUUUCAGGAUGCCUGGCACCAUCUCUGCCACCUGCCGCCUGACAUCUUUGGCACAGAGGGCAACACUCUGGAAGGAUCCCCUGUGGAGGCUUGGAAGUCUGCAGCCGGAGAUGAACGCAGCCAUUUGACUUUUGCGCAGUUCGCACGAUGGGCCUCGGAUGUGAAGAUCAAGUUGCCUGUUGGCGUGGAUCCAGCUGAUGCCCAAGCUCUUCGACCGUGUCGCUUUGAAUAUGGCAAGCGAUGUCCUUGUGCCAAUUUUAAGGCAGGGGCCAGCAACCAUAUGUGCGAGUGCGGCCACAAGAGUUGCGCGCAUCUGUCGGACGUGGCCCUCAUGAGCUUAGAGGAGCAGGAGGUGCUGACAAAGCUAAAACGCCGCGCCUUGGGGCGGGCCUCCACGAAGCUCUUCGCGCCCGAGCGGAAGCCAGGCUUCUCCAUGGUGACCAACAAGGAGGUGUUAGCAGCACUGCAGAAGAUCCUCUCAGACACUCACAAGGCCACGGACAACUGGACGAGGGAUCGUGGCUGCGCCUUGCACGGAAGACAUCACUGUGACACUGCGUGCAUUUUCAAGCAUCGAGCCAGCGUUCCAACAGGUUUCGAACUUACCCGGGCCGAGAGGAAUCGCAAUGCUCCUUUGUGGCAUGUUUAUGCAACAACGAGAAGUGCGAUAAAGCAAGAGACGCAGAGUGGCACUGGCCCAUCGCUGCAGAGGUUUUCUCCCCUUAGUGCCUUUGAAGUGCCGCUGGAGGAGCCAUUGGAUCCGGAAGUGAACGAAUGGCGACUGUUGCAUGGAAGUGGUUGGGAGGCUUGUAAAGGUAUAUGUGGCAGCAACUUCCGGCUGAAACUGGCUGGGACUGGUGCCACAUGGAAGACUCCAGGAAUGGAGAGCGGUCAACCACUUUAUGGCUACGGUGUCUACUUGGCAGAACGCUCCACAAAGGCUGAUGAAUAUGCUGAAGAGAUCCAUGGUGGCUUGAAAUCUGAUGAAGGUUGCCACACCAUGUUGGUUUGUCGAGUGGUGGGUGGACUCUGCCGGGUGGUAGAUACCAACGAAUUUGAUGCAGACGACCUGCGUCGGGAUAUCUUAGACGGGCCGUACCACUCUGUGCUGGGCGACCGCGUGGUGAAGCUUGGAAAACCUUACCGAGAGGUUGUGGUUCACGACAACAAUCAAAUAUUUCCAGAGUUCAUCCUCUACUACAAGCGGCUUGGGAUGCCAGAUUGAUCCAGGCCUGUUGAAAGACAUCAAAUUAAGCUGCUAUUUGUUUCCGAAAAUAGAACAGGAUUGCAAACGGUGGCUGAAAA